AGUUACACAAUUACAAUCAAUUAAGAGACUAGAUUGACCAGACCAAACAAUGUCGUGUUUUGGAGAGAAUUAGGUUUAUGUGUUUUCAUUUAUAUAAUCAGAAUAUGUUUUGCUGUGUUUUUGUUGCUUCGUUAAUAGUUUGCGCGUUCGAAUUUUGUGGUGCCAAUUUGGAUUUAACUUACGCAGAAGAUGUACACAGCGUCUUUCCUCGAAUGGAGGUUAAACGAAUCAAAAGAUCUCUUGAAGACGUAGAUGUAAAGGUGGUGAAACUAGGAGAUUGGUCGCUGGAGCUUGAAUCACAAGGUAAUUUAGUCCUCGCCCCAGGACUCAAAACAGAGUGGUAUAAAUUUAACAAUGUGCCUAUCUUGGAGGAACCCAAGAAAUGUAAUUAUCAUAUGGGGGUCGUGAAGGGAAUGAAAGGAUCAUCUAAGGCGGCUGUAACUGUUUGCAAUACCCUCUUCAGAGGUUAUUUUGAGGUUGGAAAUGUUGUUAAUUUUUUCGAACCACUCGAUGAGAAGACAGGAGAGCAUGUUUUGUACAAGAGCAAAACUCACAUUCACAAACGCUCCCCUACAACUAAUCGGUGGAUAUUUAAUUUGACCGGCGACACGAUUGACAUCGAUGACGAUCUAGAAGAGUACGAAGAGGAGGAAAAUCAACAAGAUAUUGAAACAACAAGCGAGAAUUUUUUCGAAAUAAAUAACAUGACAAUUGUAGAUGUAGACGAUUCAGAUGAUGGUAAUUUUUCUGCGUUUCCAUUUACACAUCCAGAAGGAGCGUGGCAUCAACUAGGUGAUGAUGGAGAAGAAGAUAAUGGAUAUUUUUAUGAUAAUGAAUGGACGCCAAGUUUAAUACAAGUAAGAAAGUCCCCGAGCGGUUCCAUUUUAUCGCCCAGAUGGAUGGAAAUUGCUGUCGCCGUUGACCAUACUCUAAUUUCGUUCCAUGGACGUGAAAUGGUAGAAGAAUAUGUUUUAUCUCUAUUGAAUAUAGUGAGUGCUAUAUAUCAAGAUCCAUCGUUGGAAUCAAACAUGAAAUUGGUGGUAACCAAACUACUUAUGUACGAACAUAAAAAAUAUCGACAUAGAGUCAUUAAAUCGGGAAACGCGAAAAAGUCUUUAGAAAACGUCAACUCUUGGAAUAAAGCUCUACAUGCUUCUCUACGACCUGGCGAGCCGGUACACGAUGUCGCCAUUUGGUUAACCAGAUCUGACAUUGGCGGACCGUCCGGAUAUGCGCCUGUUGGUGGAGUUUGUGACCCUAAAAGAAGUUGCGCACUCAAUAGAGACGAAGGUCUAACUAGCGCGUUUAUAAUCGCUCAUGAAACUGCGCACAUUUUGGGCUUGAGUCAUGAUGGAGAUGAAAAAAAUGACAAUGACUGUUCUGAUGAUAUUCUGGAUGGAAGUAUAAUGGCUCCGAUGGUUUCUGCUACUUUCAAUAAAUUUUAUUGGUCCGAAUGUUCCAGACGAGAAUUUAAAAAAGCUAGAAGUAAGUGGUUAUGUCUGUUGAAUUCUCCUAUCGAAAGCCUGGGAGAAAUUCCAUUAAACGCUACACUCCAAGCUUCAUUUACCAUGGAUCAACAGUGCAGGAUGGAGUUCGGGGAAGGGUACAAAAUGUGCACAGCUUUCGAAAUUAUAGAACCAUGUUCUCAUUUAUGGUGUGGUCACGAAAAAACACCCCUAGUUUGUAAAACUAAGAAAGGACCACCAUUAGAAGGCACUGAAUGCGGGUUUGGUAAAUGGUGUGUGAACGGCUACUGCGAAGAUUUUGCGAAAAGAGUCGAGAGGAUUCCGAUUGUUUUGAACCCGCAAGAUGGUCAAUGGGGUGAUUGGGGUCCUUGGGGACCGUGUACUAGAAGCUGUGACACAGGCGUGCAAUUCAGAGCAAGAAAAUGUGAUAAUCCACCGCCAUCGUUUGGUGGGAAAGUUUGCGAAGGGGAUUCAGAAGAAUGGCGUCUGUGUAAAAUCACCGAAUGUGGGUCGCAGAUUUACGUCGACCUAAGAGCUCAACAAUGUAAACAUUUGCCGAAAAUUUUUAAUUUAGUCGCUGAUAAUAUCACAUGGUUACCUUACGAAAGUGACGAAAAUGCUAAAAAAUGCAAGUUUAUAUGCUUGAAUGCCGAUAAAAGAGAAAUUUAUUUCACUGAUGAAAAUUUGGUAGAUGGAUCUCUUUGCUCUUAUGAAAAUAACGAUAAUAUAUGUGUCCAGGGAGUGUGCCACGUAGUCGGUUGUGAUGGGAUCCUCCACUCUCCAUUACGAAGAGAUAGAUGUGGUGUUUGCGGCGGAGACAAUUCAGAUUGUAUUGAGAUGAAGAGGUUCGAUAGAAGACGUCUUAAAAAAGAAUCAAGUAGAAUAUCCGUAUUUCCGGAACAAGCUCGCGAGCUGAAAACAGAAAUCAAUAUAACGAAGUAUCAUUCAGAUAAUCCCGUAAUGGCUGUAAUUCUAAAAAAUAGAAAAAGAAAAAGUUAUUCAGUCAUAUCUCCAGACUCAGUGGUGCGCAAUAAAAUUUUUGAAGGUGCUAGGUUUCACUAUCAACGAGUCAAUAAUAGAUAUACAAUUUGGGCUAAAGGACCUAUACAUUCGGAAAUGGUUGUGCUGAUAGUAGUAGAUAAAUCAGACCUUCGUUUGGGUAUUAACAUUUCCUAUUCAACAGAAUAUUCCAUUUAUAAAGAUUAUUUGUUGCCUUCUUCACGUUUCGUGUGGAUUCUUGGAGGCUGGGGUCCAUGUUCUGUUAGUUGCGAAGGAGGUAGAAGACAAAGAACAGCUGCUUGUUUCGAUAACAACAAUAACAAAAUUGUUAAAAGGACGCAUUGUUCAUUAUUUCAGAAACCGAAGCUGGACAUCGAAAGAUGUAAUACAUUCAGUUGUAGUUUUAAAUGGGUACCAGGAGAAUGGGAGCCUUGUACUACGUCUUGUGGUAUUCUAGGAGUGCAACAUAGAGAAAUCUAUUGCCUGCCAAGUUCUGUACUAGAAUCUACAAAUAGUACAAUAAAAAAUCCAUGGAGAUUCAUGGUGAAUCCAAAUAGAUGUGACGGGGACGCUAAGCCGUCUAGUUUAAAAUUUUGUAACAGGAAACCUUGUUUAUCUUUUUGGACAUUUGGAAAUUGGACUCAGUGUUCUUCAACGUGCGGUAGCGGUUUUAAAACCAGAUCCUCCUAUUGCUUCCCGCCGCCGGACGAAACGUUCUUUACUUGUGGCGAUUCACCUCCGCCACAACGACAACGUUGUUUGGGCACUAACGAUAGAUUUUCGAAACAAUCGUGUAAAAAGCAAAAUAAAUUCACAUGCCAACAAGACGAAUCAGAAUUUUGUAAAUUUGAUCUUUUACAAAAGUAUUGUCAAAUUAAGGGAUUUAGAAGAAUUUGUUGUAAAGCGUGUAGUAAUAAUUCAACUAUGUCUAUUUAAAUAUAUAAUUUCAAAUAAA